AUGGCCAUAGCCAAUAUGGGCUCACUGGCAGUACCUGCAAGAGGCUCUCUUCCAGCAGACUCCCCAAUAGCAUCGCCACGCACCAAGGGCGGGAGUGUGCACUCACUGGCGGAGCGACGGUGGAAACAGAUGUUUUCAGGAAGAGGUGAAAUGAACUUUUUGAAGAGAGCAGAAGAUCUCAAUAUGUCUUCAGAGGUCACUUAUGCUGAAGUGAGGUUCAAAAAUGAAUCCAAGUCCUCAGGCAGCCAAUCAGAGCCUCCUGAAGCUCCUAAAGAGAACACCAGCUUUCGCAAAUGUAACUCUGGUUUUCUCAAGCUACCUCUUGUCUUAUUGCUGACAUUUUUGCUGCUAUUUGGAAUUUCAUUUUCUGUCGCUUUUACCAUUUAUUAUCACAAAUAUUCUCACUGUCUUAAAGAAGAAAAGACUAUAAAGGAAAUCAGGUACACAACACUGGAAUGUGUGAAAGAAAACUUGAAGAUGGAAGGGCCUUCUUUCAAGACGGAGCAAGUCUGGAGCUGCUGCCCAAAGAGCUGGAUUUCAUUUAGAUCCCACUGCUACUUUGUUUCUGCUAACAACAGAAACUGGAGUGAGAGUGAGAAGCGCUGCUCAGAAAUGAAUGCGCACCUGCUGGUGAUCACCACCAAGGAAGAGGAGGAUUUUAUCACCCAGAAACUACCUGUGAAAAAUGUUUAUUAUAUAGGGCUGUCAGACCCAAAGGGGAAAAGACAAUGGCAAUGGGUUGAUCAGGCACCAUACAACAAGAGUAUAACAUUCUGGCACCCAGGUGAACCCAGUAAUCCUAGUGAGCGUUGUGUUAUCCUAAAUUAUGCAUCAAAACAAUGGGGCUGGAACGAUGUCUAUUGUCAUGGAGCUCAGACUUCAGUUUGCAAGAUGACGAAGAUCUACAUAUGAAAGGAACAUUCUUCAUGAGCAAGUGGUUCUGUUGGUGUCCACUAUUAUAGAGAUAGCUAAUUUGUUCUUUUUAUUCAUGUGUGAGUCUUGUAAAAGAGAUCUCCUUUUCAAUUUUUCAGUAGCCUGUCAUCUAUUCUACUUAUAGAAUCAGUGCACAGAUUCAAUCAUUUAAUCUUUCAUGAAAUGAACAUACAUUGAACAUUUUCCAUGUGUAGAGACUAUACUGGAAAGCCCCGUUGCAGACAAAUGAAGGGAGUGUGAGCCUCCUUUCCUAAUUUUGUCUGAUUGCUAAAGGCUUAGAUACUGAUAUAAUUAUAUGAUGUGAUUCCUCCAUCUGUCUGAAUUUUUCUCUUUAUGGGUUAGUCAAAAGCAAAAUAAUCCCAACCGUUACUUUACAUUUCUCUCAGACAGAUUAAUUACCUUUAACUGAAAGCAUAUAAUGUAGCAGUUGGAAUAUAAUACACAUCCAUGGAAGACAAGUUCUAGCUUUGGCCCAGUGGAUUCUUUGGGCUUCUCAGCAUUCUCUGUUCAGUCUUGGCCUGUCGUUUAACAUCAGGGUAGGCAAAGGGAAAUCAGAAAUUGAGCAUUAGAGAUUUAGAAUUAGAGAAUUAGAAUUAGAAAUUAUUUCUAGUCAGUUGACAUAGCUUUAUGUUCAUCAGGUAUUCUGGUAAUUUUUCCUUUGCUUCAUUCAGUUUAUAGUUUCUAUGUGUGGGUUGCCACUCAAAUGGCCCUUGAUUUAUUUGCAUUUCCAUUUUUACUAAAGUUCUUACAGAUCAUUUUCUUUCUACUACAAUAUAAAAUAUGCCAUAUUUACAAUAAAGUCUGUAAUUCAUUGCCUUAGUGUGAUAAUUAUAAUUGAUUAUGAUAAAGCUGAUUCUCACCAUGGCUAUCUAUUGAGACCUGGGAUUGGGCCCUGAUUAUCUUGAUGUAACUGAGUAAUUGCAUUUUUCACUUGUUUCCUGACUAUAUCUAAAGCCGAAUUAUUUUUAUACAGAUCUGAUCUUAUCUACCAUAUGUAGAAUUUAUCAGUUUACUUCCCAGAGAACAACUUACGUAAUAAAUCUGGGAGAAUUCUGGGGGAACUUUAUUUAGAAUGAACUUUUCCCACUAUUAUUUCAACAAUAUGGGGAUGGAAUGAAGGAAGGGCAGAAAAAGCCACUUCACUACAUGCCUUUGAUUUUCAGAAUAGACGGUGUGCUUGAACUGCAGCGAAAUGGAGAAUGGUGAUAUUAGUCAGUACUGGAACUUUUCUCUUCCCUUACAUUUUAUGAAUAUGAUUCGGAACUUAUUUUCUUUAAGUUUCCCCAGAGCACCAUUAAAUCAAGAUUGUGUGAAACAGAUUUUAUGUAUUUUUUGUUUAAAGAGUAAAAUAAAAUGACGAAGUAUCCAACUAACUCCAAUUUAUAAAAAGAAUUGUGAAAAAUAAUAAAAUUGUUUCAAGUCAUUAA